AUGAAUUCCACACGGGCACCCAACCACCCCGUUACCUUUUCAAGUCAUUUGGAACCGCUGGCCGAGGCGGUCCUCCGCGGCCCUGCCUCGGACGGGUCGCCAUCAGCAGGCACAUCAAAGAAUGGAGCUGUCCCCCUCGCUCGUCGGCCGGCAAAGCCCCUAACUCCCACCCGUCAAGACCCAAUCACCACCUCCACCAAGGGUAAAGAGAAAGCCGUGGCGCCUUCCGACGAUGAGGAAGAAGACUUGUUCAACAAUGACCCGGACCACGAUGUUGAGCAAGACGUCGAGCCAAGCAGUCCGCCGCCGGCGGGACCAAAACGAGGCCGUCCCCGAAAAUCAAUUCUCCAAGACGCUGCCAAACGCAUGAAAAAGUUCUGA